AUGUCCUGGGUGAAGACUCAGGGCGGUGAGAUUGGACACAAUCUGAUCUAUGGUCUAUGUCCUGGAUACUCACUGAAACAGAAUCCAACCAGUCCCACCGACAGACAUUGGACUCUGCAGUCGUUGGUCGAAGGUUGCGACUACCUCGACCUGCCCAUCACGGUCAAUUCCUCGACGGCCUCCAUCACCAAGUCAUCCAAUGCCAAGACCAACAGUGAAGUUGUCGGUCGAAUCAUUGAGAGACUAUACAGCAACGAUUCAAAUCUUUUAGAGUUGAUGUGGAGUCUACGUAUCAUUGGAGAGAAUGCCAAUGAGAACGUUAAUCGAUGCGAGAAGAGGACUUAUGUUAAAUAUUGUGAUGAAGAAUAUACAGCACCAGAGAUAUUACCUUUGAAUGGAAACUCAUUGUCGCUAAUUGCACAGAGUCUUCAGAACAAUGGUAUCAUUCACUCACUUCAUAUCAAUGGAUAUGAGGGUUACCUUCGAAUGAGCUUCACACCAAACAUUGGUGAUCAAGAGGCCAGUGCACUUGCCAACAUGCUAUUGAAGAACAAGUCACUCACUCUUCUCAAUCUAAGCAUCAACGAAAUCACAGACACUGGUGCCAAAGCAAUAGCCUAUGCAUUGAAGUCAAACAGGACAUUGAAAUAUUUAUCAUUAUCCAAUAACUUCAUUGGAAAGGAAGGACUUGUGGCAUUGUCAGAGGCCAUAAGGGUGAAUAGGACAUUGGACUUUAUAGACAUCUCCAAUCAACUGUAUAAAAGCAGGAAUAUAAUCAACCUUGUACAUACCAACAUCGAAAGAACACUGAUAGGACUGCUGGAAGACACAUUGAAGCGAAAGUGUGAGCUGCUGGGCAUAUCGCACCCGAUCGAAAUCGAACGUCCAAUGCACCUGUCCAACACCAACAUUCACAACGUGUCGUUCCAGCAGCUGCCCUACUUCCACGGCUACCUGAUGAAAGCGAGCGCCGAGAAGAGACUGCGAUGCUUCAACACGCCAGGCAGCUUCCUGUUCUACCUCAACUACUAUGUGCCCAACUCGAUAUUCCUGGCGUACAUCACACAGCGCGACGGCGUCAACGAGAUUGUCCACCGCAUGAUACACCGCGUCCACUUUGGCUAUAGAUUCGUCAAUGGCGGCCUCGGCAACCAGGAGGAGUCGCGCGACGAGGUCAUGGAGGAGGAGUCGCUGUUCAACUUCCAGAUCAACAAUGGCAGCAACUCAAUGACGCACUCCAACAUCUACGACUACAACUACCGCUACCGUCCAAGAAGGAAGGGAUGUGGUCUGGUGAUACCGACACUGUUUGAGUUCUGCUCAUGGGCACUGGCCAACAGUCCACACUAUGAGGUCAUCCUAAAGGAUCUUAGCGAACGAAGCAGUCUGAUAGGUGAGCGUUUCCAGGACAUCCACGAUCUGGUGCCAUUGUGGGGUGCCAGGGAUGUCCAUCCAGUGGUCUCUCUACUGCACAACACCAAGCAGAGUAUCUCUAGGAAGGGUGUCUACUCUACACUGGCACAACUGUACAAGCUCAACAAAGGCAAACUUUCAUAUCCAGUCACAAGAGAUAACUAUCAUGCAUUGAAGUUAAAGAUCAAAAUACGAGAUGAUAACAACAACAACAAUAACGUCAACAACAUAUAG